AGUGACUCAUUCCAUGUCCCCCCUUUCUCCAAAAAUAAUUAUUCUACUCCCAAGUUCCAACUGCAACAAAAGAAUAUUCGAGUUGUCUUGUUUAGUUUCACAUUUUUAUUGAUUAUUCCUUCUAUUUCCAAAAUAUUAGAUGGCAGAUCCACGUCUCAGGCAAUUAACAAUCAAAACAGGUGUUGUUAAAAGAUUAACCAAGGAAAAGGUGGUAUAUGAAAAGGAAGCCGUCCAACAAAAAGAUCGCAUUGAAAGAUUAAAAGCCGCAGGAGAAGAUGAACAUGUGCUGAGAAAACAAGAAGAAGUUCUCCAAGAAGCGCUAAUGAUCAUUCCAGAUUGUCAAAGAAGACUAGCAAAAGCAUUUGAGGAAUUGUCAGAUUUCCUUAAGAACGAAGGAGAACUUAACGAGACAAAAGAAUAUAUAACAGCUUCACAAAUUCUUGAAGAAGCUAAACUCCAACUAGUUAAAGACUAGAAACCAUAUUCAUUAAAUCCUUGCUUCCGUUGUUUACUGUCACUUUGCAGUAAACGUUUUUUUCUUAUCUCUUAAAACUAUAUUAUUUAAUUAACAACACAAAUAUUCCCCAAAAUGAAGAUCUCACAACUUAAAUGGAACGUACAAACUAUUAUAACUACUUUGAGCAAACUUGAAAAACAUCGUGAUAAUCUGUUUCAGAGUUCCAACAAUUUUAUCAGCGAAAUAACUGAAAUAGAUAAAUGUAAAGCAAAUCUUGAUGUUGCUUUUGCCAAUUUGGAAUCAGAGUCUUUAAACAAAUUAGUUGCGGAAAUAAAAAAAAGAAAAACUAAACGUAACAAAAAGAAGCUCAAGACAAAGAAAAAGAAUGAGCAAACGAUAAGCAAUAGCCUUUAUCAGCAAAGCCUGUCAGACAGUUUUUCUUAUGUUUCGGAACAACCUAGUUUAAAUCGGUUAGAAAAAUGUAAACUACGUUGUUCGAAAAAGUAUCUUGCUUCUAUAGAGUGUUUGGAAACUCUUCAUAGGCUUAAAGGUGGCGGUGAUUCAUGUAAUCUUAAAGAAUCUUUGAAUUCCAUUAAAUCGAUUUGGCAAUCCACUGCAAAUGGCAUAAAUGAAAAAAUGAGCCAGAAUUGCGUGGCAAAAAGUUGGGAUAAAAUUCUUUUUGGUGGAAAGUCUGAAAUUGAAAUGAAAUCUAGUCUUGAAGAGUUUGUGGAAAGACGUUUCGUUUGGGAUACUUAUCUAGACAUUUCCAAUGGUUCACAUAUUCCUGUAGGCUGGGUGUAUCCGAAAGUCGAUGCUAGAUCAGAAUGGAAGCAGUUUCAAACUAACAUAAUUAAUUAAUAUCAAAUAUUUUUGUUCGCAUUUAAAAAUAAAAAUAGUUUUCUAGUAACUCAACUAACUUUAGCAUAGAAAUAAAAAAACAUAAUUACUUAAACAAAA